AUGCGCCCAAUAUCGCACUCGAGCCGGGCAUUUGCUCGCAGCGGACAGACUUCCUUUAGGAGUCUUCCGAGCUCACGUGCGCCCUCUGCACUCGUCCACCAGUAUCUUCGACCUCGCGAGUUUCGAGCAUCCGCGACGUGGAACAAGAUGGGCAAAAAGAAAAAACCACAAAUUCCAGAGGAGAUAUUCCACCUUCCUCGUCACGCCUCGCUCGCAGCCGGAAAGCAGCCUGCAUCAAUCAUAGACACACAUACGCAUUUGCUUUCAACCUUUGAGACGUACCACAAGGUCUAUCCAGACGGCUAUCAGUCCUACCACGACUUUGUACGCGGCUUCUACCGGUCACAAGCCGAUUCUGCAAGCACGUCUUCUCCGGAGCCACACCACUCGGUGGACAUUUUGAUCGACGUAUGGUGCGAGGCCCCCAUCGAUCCCAAAUGGAAGGAAAUGGCAGAUUCUGCCCUCGAGGAACAAAGUCGAGCCGCCUUGUGGGGUGGGGUCGAGUACUGGUUUCUCAUGGGAAUACAUCCGCACAAUGCUAGUCAGUAUACGGACGCCGUCGAGGAAGACAUAAUCAACGCCAUGCAACAUCCUCGAUGCCGUGGCUGGGGCGAAAUAGGGUUAGAUUAUCAUUACAUGAAUUCUCCGGCAGAAGUGCAGAAGACAGUCCUUCGCCGGCAGCUGAAGCACGCCGUGGCUCUUUCCAAACCCAUCACGAUUCAUACUCGUGAGGCAGAUGAAGACAUUGAACGUAUCAUGAAAGAGGAAAUACCCAAGGAUCAUAAAAUCCACGUGCAUUGUUUUACAGACAGUCCGACAUUGGCGCGCAAUCUGUUGACACACUUUCCCAAUCUUUACAUUGGGAUCACUGGCGUUAUCACAUAUGGUACCAACUUGAAUACCGCACAAGUAAUCCGUGAUAUGGUGGGCGAACCAGCGAGCUUUGAUGUUUCACGGCUGCGAAUCGUACUCGAGACCGAUGCACCAUACAUGGUCCCUGCAAACAUCUAUGAAUCGCUCUCUCUGACAAGUGGAAAGUCUGUUCGGCUGGCCCUGUCUCACUCGGGGAUGAUUCCAUGGACUGCAGAGUUUGUGGCUUCGCUCGUCAAUGUAGAGCUGGGUCACGAUGCUGUUCUCUCGUCAUCCUCGUCGUCGACGUCGAUGGCCCUUGACGCCAACGACAUUCUAACCAUUUCACGGAAGAAUGCACGCGCUGUUUACGGAGUAUAA